AUGCCCGUCACCAUCUCCCCACUCCAGCGCUCAGACAUCCCGCUCUUCGUCCGCAUCGAGCUCGAAGCCUUCCGCUCUCACCCACGGAUCCCCAUGCUAUGGCCACGAGGCUACACCGACGACCUCUACGCCUACUACGAGUCCAACAAGAAUAGAACCUUCGACGAUCCAGAAUGCCAGUUCCUGAAAGCCGUGGAUGAUGAGACCGGGAAGAUGGUCGCUGUCUCCGAGUGGACGUUCUCGCUUGACACCAAGAAGCAAGCAGAGAAUGAAGCUGUUGAUCCCAACGGCGCACCGCCAGCGAACUGGCCAAUCGAUGGGAAUUGGGAGUUGAAGAGGUUCUUUAGCGUGAAUUCGGAGAAGUGGAACAGGGAGUGGCUGAAGGGGCAGCCGUAUAUUGAGCUCAACUUCCUAGUUACAGAUCCGGAGUACCAAGGCAAAGGCGCGGGGACAGCUUUGCUCUCCUGGGGCGUGCAGCAGGCCGACAAGCUGGGAGCACGGAUGGCGCUCGAGUCGACUCCGGCCGGCCUUUCCCUGUACAAGCGUGUCGGAUUCCGACAGGCGGAUGUCAUCAAGGCGGACAUGAAGGAGUUCGGGUGGACGCAGCCAUAUGACCCAGAGGCGGCCAAGAGGGUUUGGAUGGUGCGGGACCCAUCGCCUGGUAGCGCUUGA